UCGAACUGUCAGUACGAUUUAAAAGCGUCUCGAGUACGAAUACGGAUAGGCAAUAAAAAGUGAACGAAAGAGUGAAGUAGUGAAUCGACACUCACACUCGUACUUUAGUGCUACAGACGCAGUUAGAAGUAGUGGAAACCGCGAUUGCAGCGACGGAGGAUCUAUUAUAGAGUCAAGAAGCAAAAAUUAAAAAAACUAACUCAAACGCGACGAUCGUUAAAAGGAUAAAAGCACAGGGAUAAAAAAUGGAAAUUUUAUCAGUCAGAGUGUCGUAUAUCGCGUUGGCUGUGCUGAUUGCUUGUGUGCUGAUGGUAGAAGCACGACCACAGGCGCCGGAACAGCCCGAGCCGUAUGAAUACCAAUACGAGGUUAAGGAUCCUGAGAAAGAAUUAUUCUUCAACAAAAAUGAGGCGGGUGAUGCUGCGGGAAAAGUUUCUGGCCAAUAUUCCGUAUGGCUACCAGAUGGACGCCUAAUGACCGUUGCCUACACAGUAGAGGGAGAGAAUGGUUUCGUUCCCAAAGUGUCGUUUGACACAACUAAUCCACUGGGUUAAGGCACUCAUAAGACCCACAAGAAACGCAUGGCUAGAUAAAAUUCCUUUCAAGGGCAGCAAUCAAAUGGAAAAUGAUAACAAGAGUGGUGAUGGAACCUACAGGUCAAAGGUUAAGAAUGAGAAAAUAAAUAAAAAUUUAGUUAAUGUUUAGCUAAAAAUUUAUGCAGACGCAUAGCGAAAUUUGCAUAUUUAAGAAAGCAACAACACACACAGACACUUAGCACAUAUGCAUAUACACAAAGAUAGGUACGCACACACGCAAAUGCUAAAAAGAUACAGGGGACUUACAAAUAAUGAUUCAACGAAAGGCUUGUGCAGCAACAGCAACAACUAUGAAACAACGUCAACAUCUUCUUCGCUAAUAAUAAGGAAUUAACUUAUUUAUGGCGAACAUUGUAAAUAAAAUGUCUAUGUACAUAUAUAUUUCACUUAUUGCCUAUAUGUAUGUACAUAUGUACAUAUAUUUAUAUACAUAUUCUAUAAUACUUUAACUUCUUUGCUUUAGGUAAAUGAUGCCUUCAACCCUACUGUACUUUUAUAUGUAUAUAUUACGAUUAUUUUGUUAUUUUAUACUAUCAUAUUUUAUAUUAAAUGUACAUCAUCUUCUUCGCUUUAUGCGCUGAAAGCGUUCACUAUGUACCUUUUGAUAAUACGUAAAUUAAAAAAAAAACACAAAUAUUGAUAUUUGUUACGGUUAUAUACAAAUUUAUGUAUAACAAGCAAAUGGAAAAUGGCUCAAUCUUAAAAUAAUAAAUGAUUUAUAGUUAAAA